AAAUUCUCUAUGCUUGGUAGUAGCGCACAUUUUAACUAUGGCGGACCAUGUAGGUGGCGAUGAUGUUAAUAAUGAAAAUAUACAGAGAUAUAAUAAUGAAAGACGUAGUAGUAAGCAGUGGGUGAAGUUAAAUGUUGGUGGAACGCAUUUUGUAACUACUAAAACAACAUUAUCUAGAGACCCCAAUUCGUUUUUAUAUCGAUUAGUUCAAGAUGACAGUGACUUAAUUUCGGACAGGGACGAAACUGGUGCCUACUUAAUAGACAGAGAUCCCACAUAUUUUUCACCAGUACUCAACUAUUUAAGACAUGGGAAACUAGUAAUUAACAAUGAUAUAGCUGAAGAAGGUGUUUUAGAAGAAGCUGAAUUUUACAAUAUAACUGAUUUAAUAAAACUGGUGAAAGAAAAAAUUUCCGAGCGAGAAACUGGUCCUUCAAAACACUCUAAAAAUCAUGUGUACAGAGUGUUGCAAUUUCACGAAGAAGAAUUGACACAAAUGGUAUCUUCUAUGUCAGAUGGUUGGAAAUUUGAACAGUUGAUUAAUAUUGGUUCUCAGUACAAUUAUGGCAAUGAGGACCAUGCAGAGUUCCUCUGUGUAGUUAGUAGGGAAUGUGGCAAUAAUCCUAAUCCCACCGAUAUUGAGCCAACGGACCGAGCAAUGGUUCUUCAGCAAAGGGGUUCAAGAAUAUGAAAACUCCUUUUGCUAUUUCGUGGAUGACAUUUAAGACUUAUAAUAUAUGUGUGAUGUAUAAGUGAAGUACUUAUUAUUGUAAUAAUGUGGAGAAAUUCUCAAUUUUGAAUGGUGUUACUUUUAAUAGUUUAAUAUUAAUUAUAAUGAUGAUUCAGAUAUGAUUGAUAUUGCUAAUUAAUUUCGAAAAAUAUCUUGACCAAAUACUCAUUAUGUAUAUUUUUAAAGAAAUAAAUGCAAAAAAAGAGAAUUUGUGUGAUAGUUAGGUACUAUAUUAUUCAGAUAUAUAUUAUAUAAAAACUGUCACCAGGGAUCUAAGUGUUAAUUCCAUUUGCAACCAUUUGAGCAUGUAUUUCAUAAUAUAAUAUCAGUAUUUUUAACAUAUUGAUGAAUUUUAUAAAUACAUUUUGGUCAGUUUUUCAUAAGCAUCUUAAUAAAUUUGAUAAAUUGAUUUUAGUAUUUCUUUACAUUUAUUUUACUUUUAAUAAAAUAUAGUUAGAUGUUAUAGUAAUAUGUAAAAACUGUAUAUUUCCAAUAUUGAAAGUGACUGCUUUGUGUAGCAAUAAUAGCUAUAUUAGUUUUUUUUUUUAAUAAUCGUUAAUAAACAGCUUAAAAUAUUUCAUAUUCAUAUGGUUUUAAUUUAAUAAGAAGCUCUCAUUAAGUCAAUUUAUAAAUCCUUAUGCAAGUUGCAGACCAACAGCUAAGCUAAGUUAGUUUGGCUUAGCUCUCAUAGCUGACCCAGUUUUCCAUACUUGAGUGCAGACUGCAAACUAUGCGAACUAACUACACUAAGAUAAGUGAGCUAACUAAAAUUUGCAAAGCUAAGUUAGGUGUAUAUGCUGAUGCGCAGCUAUAGAGGAACUAAGCUAAGCCCCGCACAUCCUUCGCUAGUGCUGUCCAGUGUCCUUUGUCGUACACAUGCGGUUGUUUUCUAGCAAAUAUGGAGCAAUUUAUUGAAAUUGUUAAAGAAUUUCUUGUAAUAUGGAACACAGUCAAAGAGUAUAAGUGUUUAGUGAGUAUUGCUGAAUAUAUUGCAGAUGAACAUUGCUUUUUUGUUAUUUGGUUGAGUUCUUGUGGCAGUUUUCAUCAUGCUCAAUUAAUAGGUAACUGCUUGUGGUGGCGACCUGGGACGGGUCAUUCCCAUUCCUAAAAUAUGGUUGAGGGAGGCGAUGGCUUGCCCAUGCGUCAUACUCGUGAACUGGCGCAGGAUGAUCCUAAAACUCUGCUUCACGGUUUUAAAAUGAAAUGUUAUUAUAUUUUUUAUAUAAUUGCUAAUAAAAGUGUGAGGAUUGAUGCAUCUACAUGGCAUACUAUUAUUGUUGAUUAUGUACUCUUGUUUUUACAUAUUAAUUUACAUUUUUUUUACUUGUGUAAGGCGUUGAGUAUUAUAGUUUGACUAUUUUUGUUACUACUUUUACUUACUUUAUAUAUAUUGUAACUGAAAUGAUCUGUAAAAAGAUGAAGCUGUAAAUGUUGAUUGAAAAGAGUGGCAAUGAGUUUUUUGCCACUUCUUAUUAAAGCUCGACCUUCAAAGGGCGGUGGAUAUAAAAAGAAAAGUAAUUUCCUUGACCUGCAUGAACAAAGUGAUUUUGAUUUGAUUAAGAUACAUAAUAGCUUUAAGGGUAAAUGUACACACCUUUAUAAUAAAGUCCCAGCCACUAUAUCUAUAAAUAAAUUAAAAUGUUUUAUAAAAAAAUGGCUGUUAUAAUCCCACUACUCCACAGCUGAAUAUCUAAUUUUUAAUAUUAAAUUAUUUUUUAUAAAAAAGAGCGCAAACAAAGAAUGUUGGGAGAGUUUCUUGCGCCGCUUCUUCUCUCUCAGAGCGCCAUUUGUUUCCGAAGCGGUAGUAGUAUCUAGUAUAUUAGAAAUGACAUCAAAAUAAUUGUAAAGAAAUCAAUUUUGGGAAAAUAAAUGCCUAUUAUUAACUUAAAGGAUUUGAGCUUUUGAUUACUGUUAGUAAAGAUAUGAUAUUAAUAAUUAUAAAUUGUAUUAAUUAUAUAUAAUAUUAAUUACAAAUUUAAGCAGAAUUCUCAAAUUGUAAGUAGAGGUAUUUAGUGAGUUUAGCAUGAUAUGUAUAGAUUAAGAUUCUUUUCUUUGUUGUUUGGUUGAGUUCUUGUAACAGGCUUUGUCAUGUUCGCUUAAAUGUCACUGCUUGUGGAGGCGACAUGGGAUGGGUCGUCCCCUUCCCUAAAAUAUGGUUGAGGGAGGCGAUGCCUGGCCCAUGCAUCAUGCUCGUGAACGGCUUCAGAUUCUAAAAAGUUGUUGCUAGUUUUUAUAUAUAUACUAUCGCUUAUAAAAUGCUCACGAAUACCUUUAUUUGUUUACGGUUACGGACUACUAGUACUGUAGCUGCAUCAUCCACUCACACCGUACUACUACUACUACUACUAGUUUAAGCACAGACUAGGAAUAAAGAGGAGGUAAAACUAGUGGAUUCGGAAUACUUCUUGGCAUUAAUAUUGAUUUUAAUGGGGCCCCCAUAUUGAAGAAUUGGCAAAUAAGCUUAAUUCUGUAGUUUAUGCGGUUAAAAAAAUUAGACAGUUAACUGACCUAGAUACGGCGCUACUAGUAUAUUCAUAGUAUUAUGUCCUAUGGUAUAUUGUUAUGGGGAGGUGCAGCCGAUAUUAAUACCAUCUUCGUGCUGCAGAAGAGGGCUAUUCGCGCUAUUUAUAACCUAGGUCCUAAAGAAUCAUUAAGAGAAAAAUUUAAGGAAAUAUACAUUUUGACUGUUGCUUCUCAAUAUAUUAUUGAUAAUGUUCUAUAUUUUCGUAACAUUAAGGAAUUUGCUACUAAUUGUGACAAUCAUAAUGUUAACACAAGGAAGAAAUAUAAACUUUUUUUGGGCGAUGUAUAUUCUUUUACAAUAUGAUCCCAGAAAAUGUACUAAACAAAUGAAAAUCUUACGAAAUUUAAAGAAUUGUUAAAAACCGUUUGUGUGGGAAAGGUUAUUAUAAAAUUUUCUUAAUGAUUCCACAGACCGGGAAUAAAGCGGACACCCUUAGGCUCUUUAAUUAUAAAUGUUUAUUGUACGAUAUGACAUUAUAAUCCAUAUUUUUAUGAUAAACCCCGCUGAGUUUCUUGCGCCCGUUCUUCUCAGGUCUGAGGCAGUCUAUUAAGAAUGGGUGGUAGUUUUUGAUGUUCAAUAAUAAUAUUUGUAAAAAGGAAAGACCAUUAAAAUUGUAAACGAAGCAGAGCAAAAUUAUUUGUGUAGGCAGACUUACCAAUAUCUGUACUCAUCAUCAUCCAGCUUCUCGACACCAGCUCAAAACGAUAGCUUAGAUAAUUUGUAAGUUGUUUGCCUUUUGGCAUUUACCAAUAAGAAAUAAAAAUAAACAUUUUUUUUAUUUAAAA